UUCGCCCCAUUUGAUUUUAUAGCUCUCACAAUAUAAUUCAACAAUCAAAUUCUCACGAGAUUCAACUUCAAAAAAAAGUUUCCUCUUCUCCCUUUUGAAUGGACACUUAAUUACAUCUCUCUCUAUCUCUCAUGUUAAUUAUCUUUCUUCUUUCUUUUUUCCCAUCCUUUUGAAUCUCUGAUCUAAAAGCCACCGUUGCUUAAAACAAUUACCAAAAAAAAAAAAAUCCAUUAUUGAAGCAGAGAGACAAAUCCAAUUGACAAAAACUCACCGACCCAAUUGAAGAACAAUUUCAAAGUUUGAAUCUUUUCAUAUUCUAAGUGACAAGAAGCUCGAAAAUUCAAAAGGGUGAAAGAGAAUCACGGAUCGGGGCAAUUUUGUAAUUUUGAAGAAGGAAUAAGUGUAUGUAUGUUCAUGAAAUCGUUGUCGAGAUCCACCGUCGUUUUGGUAUUACCAAUAAUUCUAAUCGUCGGCGCGUUGGUGUACGCGCGGUUCCUCGAUACACCUGAGGUUUUUUCCGCAGGUUCAUCUAUGGAACAAAUCCUAACCACCAAAUCAUACGAAAUACCAAAAAUACCCCUAAAUCAAACAGAGAUUCCACUAAACUGCAGUGGAUACAACCUCACCGGAACAUGUCCCACAAACAACGCAAAAAUCUCAUGGAAUAAUCAAGACCAUUCAUCUAAUUCGACGUGUCCAGAUUACUUCCGUUGGAUCCACGAAGAUUUAAGACCAUGGGCCCACACAGGCAUAACAAAGGAAACAAUAGAGAAAGCAAAAACAACAUCAAAUUUCAAGUUAAUAAUAUUAAAAGGAAAAGCUUAUUUAGAAACAUAUGAAAAAUCAUUUCAAACAAGAGAUGUUUUUACGUUGUGGGGUAUCCUACAAUUACUAAGGAAGUACCCUGGAAUGUUGCCUGAUUUGGAGCUUAUGUUUGAUUGUGUUGAUUGGCCAGUUGUUUCAAUUGGUCAAUAUAAUGGCGUUGACCCACCACCACUAUUUCGUUAUUGUGGUAAUGAUGCAACAUUGGAUAUUGUCUUUCCUGAUUGGUCCUUUUGGGGAUGGCCUGAGGUUAAUGUAAAGCCUUGGGGGAUUUUAUUGGGAGAGUUGAAAGAAGGAAACAAGAAGAUUUCAUGGAUGAAUAGAGAGCCUUAUGCUUAUUGGAAAGGUAAUCCAACUGUUGCUGAAACUAGACAAGACCUCAUGAAAUGUAAUCUUUCUGAAAAACAAGAUUGGAAUGCUCGUUUAUAUGCUCAGGAUUGGGGAAGGGAGUCACAAGAAGGGUACAAGAAAUCAGAUUUGGCAAGCCAAUGCACUCACAAAUAUAAGGUGUACAUUGAAGGUUCUGCUUGGUCAGUAAGUGAAAAAUACAUUCUGGCAUGUGAUUCUCCCACUUUACUUGUGAAACCUCAUUAUUAUGACUUUUUCACAAGAGGGUUAAUUCCAGUGCAUCAUUAUUGGCCCAUUAAGGAAGAUGAUAAGUGCAGGUCCAUUAAAUUUGCUGUGGAUUGGGGCAAUAGUCACAAGGAAAAGGCACACAAUAUUGGAAAAGCAGCAAGUAAUUUCAUUCAAGAAGAGUUAAAGAUGGAUUAUGUGUAUGACUAUAUGUUUCAUCUCCUAAAUUCAUAUGCUAAACUCUUUAGAUACAAACCAUCUAUAAGUGAUAAAGCUGUUGAACUAUGUGUGGAAUCAAUGGUUUGUAAAGCACAAGGAUUAGAAAAGAAAUUUAUGAUGGAAUCAUUGGUCAAGGCUCCUUCAAACACUAAUCCAUGUACCAUGCCUCCUCCUUAUGAUCCUCCAUCUUUGCAUGCACAAAUAAGUAAAAAGAAAAGUUCAAUUGAAAGAGUUGAAUUUUGGGAGAAAAGUUAUUGGGAGAAACAAAAUAUGAAAACUUAAUAUAUAGUUUUACCAUGUUAUAUUUAUGAGUGUAAUCAUUCUGAAUGAUUAAUGUUUUUCCCUUCACACUUAGAGGGUUCUUUUGGGUAGAUAUAAAUUUAGUAUACAUCUUAACUCAUAGUUGGCUAAAUAAAAUGUAUCAUAUUUGUAUGAAUUAUAAGUUUUUUUUUAUUUUUUUUAUUUUUAA